AUGGGGUUUUCCUUGGUUGGGGACUCUCUUGGGACCUUCCCUCUCAUCCCUCUCUUCCUAUCCCAACCUUUCUCUUGCUCCUCAAAUUCCUUCCCAACACUCUCCUGAUGGUGAUCGUGCUCGAGAAGGAACUUGCUGCCAUCUCCAUGCAACCAGGGGACGAUGUGAAGCCGGAUGUGCAUGGGCAUGAGGGUGAUGUGGGAUUUGUGGGAAAGGUUGUGAUGCACCCUCUCACGCACUGGGUGAUUGAUUCGGGUUGCACCAGUCACAUGACCCCACAGGCAGAUUUGCUUGAUGAGGUAAAACCCCCUGGGAAGAUUAAGUAUGUGGCAGCAGCGUCAGAUGAGGUGCAGCAGCCUUCAAGACAGGUGGAGGUUGCAGUGUCAGAGGAGGAGAUGUCUGGGGUGACUGAGGAAGGGGGAGCAGCUGAAGUAGAGCAGCAGCAGCAGCAGCAGCAUGAGUCUCCAUCUCGAGUUCCACACCCGCCUGAGCGACCUAGGAGGGAUGUGCGCCCUCCGGUGAGGCUGACCUAUGGGGGAAGAGGCAAGCCAAAUGUGGUGCAGGCUGGGAGUGUGGUUGAGCAGAUUGAGGAAGAUGAGAUCGCUCACUGCUACUGGGCACCAAUCCCUGAGCCCAAGACUCGAGAGGAGGCCUUGAAUGGACCAAAUGGGGAGAAGUGGAAGGCGACAAGAAGCAGAAUGAGGUGGGAUUGUCUUCAUGUGAGACUGAGUACAUGGCCUUACACCAUGGGGCCAAGGAAGUAGGAGGGAAUCUUUGUGCUUAUGGGGUUUUCCUUGGUUGGGGACUCUCUUGGGACCUUCCCUCUCAUCCCUCUCUUCCUAUCCCAACCUUUCUCUUGCUCCUCAAAUUCCUUGUGAGAUUCUUGAACUUUGAUUGAACUCUUGAGAUUG